AUGCCAGUGAAGUGUUGUUUCCACAGGUCAAACGCUGGGGAAAGCAUGGCCUGGUCUGAGUCUGUGGAUACAGUCCUGGCCAACAAAGAGGGCCUGGCAGCUUUUCGGACUUUUUUAAAGUCUGAGUUCAGUGAGGAGAACGUGGAGUUCUGGCUGGCCUGUGAGGACUUCAAGAAAACCAAAUCCUCCACCAAGAUUGCCUUGAAAGCCCAGAAGAUUUAUUCUGACUUUAUACAAGCUGAUGCUCCAAAGGAGAUUAACAUUGAUUUCCACACCAAAAGUGACAUCUCCCAGCACAUCUCAGAGCCCACCCGGAGCUGCUUUGAUGCUGCUCAGAGCUCCAUCUACUCCCUCAUGGCCAAGGACUCCUUCCCCAGGUUCCUGAGGUCAGACCUGUACAAGGAGCUGGUGCAGAAGCACCAGGACAGAAACCACAAGAGGUGGCUCCCGUUUCUGUGA